AUGGCAGAAAAAAAUAAUAAUCAAAUAAAAAUCACAAUUCGCGGUUAUAAUGUAGCGGAUACUGAGGAAGCAACUCAAAUGGUUAGCGAAAAACUUUCUCAACUUAAACUAAAUUUUAGUCUAAGUCCCUUUCCAACUAAAAAAAGAACUGUUACUACUCUAAUUUCUCCUCACAAGCAUAAAAGAGCACAGGAAAAAUUUGAGCAACAGACUCAUAAACGGGUGAUUUACAUAGAUGGUAAUUGUCCGUUUGAUUUAAAGUCUUUAGAAGAGAAAAUGAAACCUUAUAUUCCUAGCACUGCUCACUUAGAAUUAAAGAAUUUUUGUCGAUUAGUAGCGAACUUUCUUUUAGUGACUCGCCUAGCUUGUCCUGAACGAGAACGAUUGUUCCCAACUAAUGGCAAAUUAGAGUUAAAACAGUUAUUGCAUGAGCAAGAAAAACAGGCCAAAAAACUUAAAAAUAGAGAGAAAAAAAUAGAAAUUAUUACUCGGCAAUUAAUGGUUGACCGAGAGAAGAUUGAAGUCAAGGAAAAAAAAGUACAACAGGAAGAGCAACGGAUAAGUGAGUUUACCGAUCAAUUAAUUCGCAAAGAAGAAUUGUUUACUCAGCAACUAGAGGUAAAUUCUAAAAAGGAAAAAAAUAUUAAGGAGGAAACGGAAAAGGUUAAUCAGAUAAAAAGACAGUUAAUUGGUGGGUUAGGAAAAAUAAUUCAGAUGAGCAGGGAGGAAGCCGAAAAAAACCUUUUUGCUUUAUUAAAAGAAGAAAUUAAUAGAGAAUUAGAAGUAUAUAAAAGAGAAGAAAUUAAGCGAGCGGAAAAAGCAGUAAAAGAAGAAAGUAACAAAUUAAUUUGUUUAGCCUUAGAAAAGUGUAGUUCAGAGUUAGUUUUUACUAGAACUACCGAUACUUUGCCUAUAGAAAAUCAACAAAUGAUUAGCAAAAUAAUUGGUAAAGAAGGACGAAAUAUUAAUGCUUUUCAGAGAAUUACUGGUACUGAACUAAUUAUUGACCGAGAGAGCGAUGAGUUGAGUGUUCAAAUUUCUUCUUUUAAUUCUUUACGUCGCACCAUAGGUUUGCAGACACUUCAUGCUUUAAUUAAGGAGGCUAGGUUUUCGCCACUCCAAAUCGAAAAAACUUACCAGAAAAUAAGUUCGGAAAUUGAUGAGUUGAUUAUUAAAAGUGGAACAGAGGUUUUAAGAGAGUUGGAACUAAAUAAUGUUCAUCCUGAGUUAAUUAAACACUUAGGGAAAUUGAAAUAUCGCACUAGUUAUGGGCAAAAUGUGCUAGAGCAUUGUUUAGAGGUAGCCAAAUUGGCGGGAAGCAUUGCGGCCGAAUUAGGUUUAGAUGUUCUCCUAGCUCGACGAGCCGGUUUAUUUCACGAUAUUGGCAAAGCGGUAGAAGACAACGGGGGUUUUUCUCAUGUUUUGAGUGGUAUUAGUAUAACUAAGAAAUGCCAAGAACCAGAAGUAGUUAUUAAUGCGGUUGCUUCUCAUCACCGAGAUUUUCCUCCUAAUAACCUUUAUUCUUUAAUUAUUUUGGCCGCUGAUAGAUUAUCGGCAGCCCGCCCUGGUGUCCGCGGUUACCAACUAGAAUCCUAUAUUGAACGGAUGAAUCAUUUAGAAAACAUCGCUAAUGAGUUUCCUGGUAUCAAAAAAAGUUACGCUUUUCAAGCCGGACGAGAAAUAUGA